AUAUUUUAAAGAAUCCACUCUUCCAUCAAAACUCGAGCCCUCAGCUUUGUACUAAGAUGAGAGAAGCCAAAUUACCCUGUUUUUCCAACUACGGACUGCAGUGGUGUUUCAAGCAGCUAAGCAAGGAAGAGUUUCAGACAUUUAAGGAAUUGCUCAUGGAAAAAGCUUCAGAACUGGCAAUGUGCUCCUUUCCAUGGGUUGAAGUGAGCAAUGCCAAUGUGGAACAUCUAGCCUCCCUCUUGCAUGAGCAUUAUAAAGAAUCUCUUGCCUGGAAAAUAUCCAUUCACAUCUUUGAAGAGAUGAACCUGUCCACGCUCUCUGAGAAGGCAAGGAAAGAAAUGAAAAAAUAUUCACUGACUGAAAUGCCAGAAAAUUCUACAUCAAAGAAGAAUGACCAAGAACCAAACAUGAAAGAAGGGCCAGGUAACACAUGGAACUACAAGGACUAUGUGAUGACAAAAUUUGCUACAAAGUUAGAUGAAUACCAUGGUUCUGAAAACUUUGCCUCAAACUAUCCAGAAAUGCAAACAUUGCUUGGUGCUUUUAAUCCAGACCAGAGGGGCUUCCAGCCUCGCACUGUGGUUUUGCACGGAAAAUCAGGAAUCGGGAAAUCAGUUUUGGCCAGAAGGGUCCUGCUGUCCUGGGCACAGGGUAAACUCUACCAGGGCAUGUUUUCCUAUGUCUUCUUCCUCGGUGCCAGAGAAAUGCAUUGCAUGAAGGAGGGCAGUUUUGCAGAGUUGAUUUCCAGGGAAUGGCCAGACUCCCAGGUCCCAAUGAUGGAUAUCAUGUCCCAACCAGAAAGGCUCUUGUUUGUUGUUGAUGGCUUUGAUGACCUGGACCUUGCCUUCAAAGACAAUGACCCGAAUCUCUGUGAAGACUGGACAGACAAACAACCCACAUCUGUUCUGAUGCAUAGUCUGCUGAAGAAAGUCCUGCUCCCUGAGUCCUCCCUGAUGAUCACUGUCAGAGACACGGGCAUAGAGAAGCUAAAAUCCAUGCUCACAUCCCCCCGUUACCUAUUAGUCAGGGGCAUCUCAGUGGAGAAAAGGAUUCAGUUGCUUUGUCAGCACACAAAGAAUGAGCAUCUAAAGACACAAGUCUUGCAUUCAGUGGUAGACAACCAUCUGCUAUUUGAGGAGUGCCAGGCUCCCAUCUUGGGGUCACUCAUCUGUGAGGCUCUGAAUCUGCAGGAGGCAUCAGGAAAGAGCCUUCCCCCUACCUGCCAAACUCUCACGGGCUUGUAUGCCACUUUUGUGUUCCAUCAGCUCACUCCACGAGAUGCAUCCCGGUGCUGUCUCAACCAGGAAGAGAGGGCCAUCUUGAAGAACCUGUGCCUAAUGGCUAUGCGGGGAGUGUGGAACAGGAAGUUUGUGUUUUACAGAGAUGACCUGAGUGUUCACAGGCUCAGGAAGUCGGAGCUCUCUGCUCUGUUUCAGAUGAACAUCCUCCUCCAAGAUGGCAGUCAUGAAAGGUGCUACACGUUCCUGCAUGUCAGCCUCCAGGACUUCUGUGCUGCCCUGUAUUAUAUUCUAGAAGGACUAGAAACGGAGUGGGAUCCCUACCCUGUGUUCAUGGAGAACAUGAGGAGUUUGGUGGAGUUCAAACAGAUCAGCUCCAAUGCCCACUUGCUCCAGAUGAAGCGUUUCUUGUUUGGCCUCAUGAGCAAAGAGGUGAUGGGAGCUCUAGAGGUCCUGCUUGGAUGUCCUGUCCCCCUGGUGAUGAAGCAGGGGCUUCUGUGCUGGAUCUCUUUACUGGGUCAGCAGGCCAGCACUGCCACCCCACCAGACUCCCUAGAUGCCUUCCACUGUCUUUUUGAGACUCAGGAUGAUGAAUUUGUUCUCUUGGCAUUGAACAGCUUCCAGGAAGUGUGGCUUCCCAUAAACCGGCGUAUGGACUUGAUGGUGUCCUCUUUCUGCCUUCAGCGUUGCCAGUAUUUGCAGAAAAUUCGGAUAGAUGUCUGUGAAAGCUUCUCAAAGGAUGAAUUCACUGAGGCAUAUCCCCUAGCUCCCCAAGGGAUGCCGAUUAAGACCCUUGCUGAUGAGUGGUGGGAAAGUCUCUGCUUGGUGCUUAGCACCCACCCGAGUCUGCAGCAGCUCGACCUGAGUGGCAGCAUCCUGAAUGAAUGGGCCAUGAAGACCCUCUGCAUCAAGCUGAGACAGCCAACCUGUAAAAUACAGAAUCUGAUAUUUAAAGGUGCACAGGUUACCCUGGGUCUUCGUCAUCUCUGGAUCACUCUCAUAACCAACCGUAAUAUUAAAUGCCUGAACUUGGAAAGCACUCACCUGAAGGAUGAAGAUAUGAUGAUGGUGUGUGAAGCCUUAAGACACCCAAACUGCUUGCUGGAAUCUCUGAGGUUGGAUCACUGUGGACUAACCCCAGCCUGUUGCCUGGUGAUCUCCCAAAUCCUUGUUACAUCCAUCAGCCUAAAAUCUCUCAGCCUGGUAGGAAAUAAGGUGACAAACCAGGGCAUAAAGCCUCUCUGUGACGCCUUGACAGCCUCACAGUGCACGCUGCAGAAAAUGAUACUGGGGAAGUGUGGUCUCAAGGCUCCCGACUGCCAGGACCUGGCCUCAGCCCUCAUCAGCAACCAGAGUUUGACACACCUGUGCCUGUCAAGCAACAGCCUGGGGAGCGAAGGCAUGAAUCUGUUGGGUCGAGCCAUAAAAUUCCCCAACUGUGGACUACAGAGGCUGAUACUAAACGAAUGCAACCUGGAUGUUGCUGGCUGUGGCUUUCUUGCAUUUGCACUUAUGGGCAACAGACAUCUGACACAUCUGAGCCUUAGCAUGAAUCCCUUGGAAGAUGAUGGGAUGAACCUUCUGUGUGAAGUCAUGAUGGAACCAUCUUGUCACCUCCAAGACCUAGAAUUGGUUAAGUGUCAUCUCACUGCCGGCUGCUGCAAGAAACUGUCCCAUGUGAUUGUGAGGAACAAACACCUGAAGAGCCUGGAUCUGGCCGUGAAUGCCCUGGGUGAUGAUGGCGUCACAGCGCUGUGUGAGGGGCUGAAGCACAGGAAGGCUUCUCUGAAGAGGCUUGGGUUGGAGGCAUGUGGACUGACUUCCAGCUGCUGUGAGGUCCUUGCCUCGGCUCUCCUCUGCAGCCAGCGCCUGACCAGCCUGAAUCUGAUGCGGAAUGAUUUCAGCCCCAUGGGAAUGACGAAGCUGUGCCCAGCCUUUGCACAACCCACAUCCAACCUGCAAAUAAUCGGGCUGUGGAAAUGGGAGUAUCCCACUCAAAUAAGGAAGCUGCUGAAGGAAGUCCAGCUAGUCAAGCCACAGAUUGUCAUUGGUGAUGAUUGGUAUUCUUUUGAUGAAGAUGACCGGUACUGGUGGAAAAGCUGA